AUGAGUGGUAAUGAUGAUGCAGGCUUGCUGUUGGAGGUGAUGAAUUUAAUGUUUGGAAAUGGACAGAAUGCUGUCGCUAUAAUUUCAAAUGUAAUAUAUCAAGUUUUGGUCAAGCCUGUGCAGGUCAUUCUUUCGAUGAUAAUAUGGAAUCCUGUGGUAAUUAUAAAGCGGGUGUUGGGGAAGUUUGCGGUGGUUCCAGUGAAUGCAAUUUUAUGGGUUUUUUUUCGAACUUCGUUGCAGGAUUUAUUCGCAACCGCGGACGUCAAGAGUGCUUUUGUAAUAGCACAAGUGUGUGUUCAGUAUACUAUAACCACUGCUGUGGUGGGUUUAAUCCUUGGGCUGGUCUUGGGGGCUUUGUUAGGGUCAUUGCAUCGGAUUAUAAGGGUUCCUGUGCUGUAUAUUACAGUUUUGCCGACAUAUGUGGAGAGACUAUUUGUAUAUAUUGAUGAGAUAAGCAACUUCGUACGGCGGAUUUCGGAGCUUGGUAUGCGGAGUAUUCCUCUGAUUUCUAAUGAUGCUCUUAAGGAGGAAAAUAGUGACAGUUUAUUUGCAGAUUUGUUGGAUUCAUAUGAGUAUGAGUAUGGACAUACUGAGAAGACUAAGAUAGACAACUACCGGCCUUUGACACCUGUCAGUGCGCCUAUUGAUGAAGUGGAUGAGGAUCGGGACUCAGAUAGAUCUAACGUGUCGUGGUUGAGUAAUAUUUGGGACAGUAUUCAGGAAACGGGAACUGUUAGGACGGAUAUUGAGGAGUUGAAAAAUAGUAGUGAUCGUAAACUAAAGGGAUACAGCAGUGGUUAUUAUGAUAAACUUCAUAUUGAGCACUUGCAUCAUCGCAAGUAA